GCAGAGCCGGAGUCGAGCACCACCAUUGUGGGCUCUUCCGUCUUCCACUUCAAACUGGACUACGAGCAAGUCAGGCAGCUUCCCACCGGCAAGUCCGUCUUCUCCGAUGCCGUCUCCGCCGGGGGACACCUCUGGAGGAUUGAGUGCUUGCCGCGUGGGGUGAACGAGGCCGACAGGGAGUAUGUUUCUAUCUUCCUCGAGCACAUGAGCAAAUCCAAAAGUGUUGGGGCAUUCUUCGAGGUCUUGUUGAUGGGCAGGGACGGCAAACCAUGCCUGUCGCAUAUACGUAGGGCAUUUGAAACCUUUGAGAUCACGGAAGACGGCGACACCUUUGGAUGGCAUCAGUUCAGGAAGGGGACUGUUGUGGAGAAAGACUACUUGACAGGGAGACACGUCACAUUUGUGUGCGCGAUCAUGGUCGUCGAUGACAGUCCUAUUCUCGUCCCAUCUUCAGACAUCGGGACCCAUCUUGGCCGUCUGCUAGAUCGUGCUCACGGGACAGACGUGUCAUUCGUCGUCGACGAUGUGACAUUCCGUGCACACCCAGCGGUGCUUGCUGCCCGCUCGCCGGUGUUUAGAGCAGAGCUCUUCGGUUCCAUGUCUGAGGCUACAAUGCCAUCCAUCACGCUGCACGACAUCAAACCUGCAACGUUCAAAGUUAUGCUUCGGUUUAUUUACACGGAUGAAUUGCCCGAAGAAGACGAGCUUGAGGACUCUUCUGCCCAGAUGUUUCAAGAUCUACUCGCUGCGGCCGAUCGGUAUGCACUGGAUCGACUGAAGAUUAUUUGUGCUCAGAAGCUGUGGCAGAAAGUGUCUGUUGACACAGUUGCAACUAUCUUGGCUUGGGCUGAAAACUACAACUGUCAGGAGUUGAAGAACAAGUGCAUUGACUUCUUUGUGGUGGAGGAAAAUUUCAGGAAGGCCAUGUUCACUGAUGGUUAUGGGUUGUUGCUUUUGAAAUUCCCAGCUAUUAUUGAUGAGCUAAGGAAGAGAGUUUAG